UUCCUGUUAUUGUUUAGAUUUUAUUGAAAGUAAACGAUGAUUUUGAGAAUUGUAGUUCUGUUAGCGGUUCUUGGUGUUGUGGUCAAUGCCAGAGCUAUCCAAGGAGAUCCAGACUGGUGGAAACAUGCCACUUUUUACCAGAUCUACCCAAGAUCUUUCAAAGAUUCCAACAAUGAUGGUGAUGGAGAUCUCCCAGGUAUAAUCGGGAAGCUACCUUAUAUUAAGGAUACUGGAGUGAACGGGAUAUGGCUAUCCCCUAUCAUGCAGUCUCCACAACUGGACCAAGGCUACGACAUCAGCAACUACUAUGUCAUAGAUCCCAGGUUUGGUACCUUAGACGACCUUAAAUCGUUGAUAACUAAGGCUCACGAGCUUGGCAUAAGGGUCAUAAUGGAUUUUGUACCUAACCAUACGAGUGAUCAGCACGAAUGGUUCAAGGCUUCAGAAAAUAGGACAGAAGGAUACGAAGAUUAUUAUAUUUGGAUGGAUGGUACUCCUGAGAAACCCCCAAACAACUGGUUGAGUUGCUUCGCUGGAAGUGCUUGGCAAUGGUCAGAAAAACGUCAACAAUACUACCUUCAUCAAUUCACCAUCCAACAACCUGACCUUAACUACAGAAGUCCUAAGGUCCAUGAGGAAAUGAAGAAUGUUUUGAAGUUCUACAUGGAUCUUGGUAUAGAUGGCUUCAGGAUUGACGCUAUUCUAUAUGCUUACGAAGAUGACCAAUACAGAGAUGAGCCCAGGUCCAACCUCCCUGUAGAUCCAAACAACCAUGACUAUCUGGACCAUAUCUACACUGCAAACCUUCCAGAAACCUAUGCUCUUGUUUAUGAAUGGAGGAAAUUUGUCGAUGACUAUGCAGCUGAAAAUGGCUUAGAUGCCAAAGUUCUGAUGACUGAGGUCUAUGCAGACCUUGACCAAACCAUACCCUACUAUGGAACAGCUGAUGGAAGCACUUUAGGAGCACAUUUCACCUUCAACUUCUUCAUGAUAAGAAAUCUCGAUCUCAACUCUUCAAAUGCCAACAAUGUAGUGCAAAUCAUAUACAGUUGGAUGGACGCCUUACCAAGUAUUUACACAUCGAACUGGGUUUUAGGGAAUCACGAUAACCGUCGUUACCCAACAAGACUAGGUGCUGAAAACAAGGAUGGAUUCCUCAUGUUGGACCUACUCCUACCAGGAGUAGCAGUCACAUACAACGGAGAAGAAUUUGGCCAAGAAGAUGGCGAAGUGAAAUACGAAGAAGGUCAAGACCCAGCUGCCAGAGAUCCAGCAAUAUUCUAUCAGAUCAGCAGAGACUUCGAACGUACUCCUUUGCAAUGGGACAACACCACAAAUGCUGGUUUCAACGAAGGUGCCAAGACCUGGUUGCCUGUUAGCAAGAAAUACCUCGAUUUGAACUUACAAAGCCAGCUAGAUGAAGGAAAAGUGAGUUACUACCAGAACUACAAAGCCUUGAUCAGAAAGAGACAAGAAGAAGCUGCAAGUCUUGGAAGCACCAACAUCUGGGCAUUGUCUAAUGAUGUUGUGGUUUUGAGGAGAUCUCACGAAGGCAAGCAUAUCGCUGUUGCCUUCAAAUUGGGAUGGCAUGAUAACAAUGAUGCUGAAACUGUUUUGGUACCUGGAGUUUCUUGCCAAACUGGCACCGUAGCUAUUGCUAGCGUUGGUUCUCAGUAUAAGAGAGGGGAUCAAAUAUCUGUCCAGAGCUUGGUGUUACAGCCCCAUGAAGCUGUUGUUAUAGAUAUAGCAUGUUGACUGAAUCCGAUGUGAUGAUACAUUUAAUUUUAUACGCUUAAACAUUGACUGUAAACAAUUAUAUUUAUUUCACUGUAAAUUAUAGUAUAUAUUAUACAUUUAUUCAUUCA